CUCAAACACAAAAGUGAGGUUUGAGAGUUCUUCUUCUUCUUUUUCUUCAUCUUCUACAUCCCUCUCACACACACACAGUUAAAAGCACACACAGAAAAGAUUUCUUUUAUUUUUUUCGCUGGUUUUCUUAAUUUUCAUUUAACUCCCCCCUCUGUAAUCCCCGCUUCUGUAUGUCCCAUUCUGUAAAUCAUCUGGUCUUUCAACUGCAAAAAAAGUUACAAUUGAUUUGGGUUUGUUUUUAAAUGAUUUUCAAGAUUAUUAUGAACAAAAGAACAAACUUUAUAUGAUUUUAUUUUUUUUAAAAGACAGAGUCAGGUGUUUUUCAGAAUAGCGAUCCAUCUUUUUCAAUUGGGUUCUAUUUCUUUUGAUUAAAAUCACCUUUUCUGGGUUGUUUUUGUUCCCUAAAGGUUGAUUUUUUAUUUUUUUCAUUUUUUAUUUUUGUUUCUUGAAAAAGGGUUUUUGAUUAUUUGAAAAAAAACCCUUCUUUUAUUUUCUUCUUGGUUUUCCAGGUCUUUUAAAUCUUGGAAAAUCAUCUUUUUUUUUUUGUAAAUUUAAUCUGAAAAAAGUAGAUUAAUGGCUUCUACUGCCAUGGAUUUCUGGAAUAACAAUGAGUUUCAGCAAUCAACAGCUGGUGGUGAAUUAAUGGAGGCACUUGAACCUUUUUAUAAAAGUGCCUCACCUUCCUCUUCUUCUUCUUCUUAUUCUCAAAUGGCGUCUUCUAAUUACCAAAAUACCCUUCCUUUCUCUACACCUUCUGCCUCUUAUCCAUACCCUUCUUCAUCUUUCGACUCAUUUCCUUCAUCUUCUUCUUACGUCCCCACCACCCAUCAACAAACCGGUUUCUUCCCGGAUUACUCAAUCCAAGACCGGUUUGUGUACGACCAACCCGGUUCUUCCCUCGGGUUGAACUUGAACCAGUUAUCCGAAUCCCAGAUUUACCAGAUCCAAACCCAGAUGGAAAUACCCACACAAUGGCCACAGACUAACUUGAAUUUCAUGGCUCAAGAUCCUGAUCCUGUACCCGUGAAACAAUCCGGGUCACCUCCGAAACCCCCGAAGCUUUACAGGGGUGUGAGGCAAAGGCACUGGGGAAAAUGGGUCGCCGAGAUCCGUUUACCCAAGAGCCGGACCCGGCUUUGGUUGGGUACAUUCGACUCUGCGGAGGAAGCGGCGUUGGCAUAUGAUAAAGCCGCGUAUAAGCUCCGUGGAGACUACGCCCGGCUCAACUUUCCGCAGCUUCGGCAAAACGGGUCUUACGUCACCGACUUUAAGCCGUUGCAUUCUUCUGUCGUCGCCAAGCUACAGACGAUUUGUCAGUGUUUGGCGGAGGGGAAAUCCGUGGACGGCACUAAGAAGGCCGGUUCACGGCGGUCAUCGGCGGGGAAGACAGCAACAGCAACUGUUUUGUCGCAAGAGGCUGUGAAGGUGGAAGGUUGUGAGAGCGAAGGGUACGCCGGAUCGGGAAACUCAUCGCCGUCGUCUGAUCUGACGUUCCCGGAGUUCACGGAGGACGACAAUGCUUGGUCGGAGAAUUUCUCACUGGAGAAGUAUCCGUCGUAUGAGAUCGACUGGGGUUCUAUCUAGUGAAACCAGAAUCUUGUAUUAGCGAAGGGCAUAUUUGUAAUUUCGUAGGCAGAUGGCAUAUUUGUAAUUCCUAGGAAUAGUAAUGGUUUGUUUUUGUAAUUUGGUAGGGAAGUUGGGAGCCAACUGUAAUGGAGUUUUUGGAAAUUACAGAGCUCACCACUUCACUCUAGUGGGUAGUUUAGUAAAUUCGUAUUUUAUUUUUGUUUAUAUUUUGGUUUGGACUUUGGGAGUAUUUAUGAAAUCCCAUUUAUGUCCUUUGUCCAACACAUUAAGGUGUUUCUUGUUUGCAAGUUACCCUAAUCGAAUAUUUAUUGAUUUUUAUUUUAUUUUAA